AUGUUAAGAUAUGCUCUCUUUCAUCGUUCUUACUCUGCAAAGCUUCACACUCAUUCUUCGCGGCAUCUCCCGUUGAUUCGGAGUGUUCAUGACUCUGUUGCCUCAUUCAAUCGCAUGCUCAGUAUCUGUCCUUCUCCAUUUAUUCACAACCCUGAUCAUGAUCUUGCCUCGGUCGAUAGCAUGCUCAAUAUGCUUCCUUCCCCAUAUAUUCCCAAUGUUCAUGAGGCCGUUGCCACUUCCCCAUGUAUUAGCAGUUUUGAUGAGGCUAUGGAGGCUAUAGGCUCAUUCGAUUGCAUGCUCAAUGUGCGACCUUACCCGCCCAUCAUUCAAUUUAACAAGAUUUUGGGGUUUCUACUUAAGAAUAAGUAUUUCAACACUGCUGUUGUGCAGUUCCAAAAACUGCAACGUGUGAGAAUUAUACCAGAUCUUGUUACUUUAUCUGUCCUCGUCAAUUGCUGCUGCCAACUUGGUCACAUGACCUUAACUUAUUCGGUAUUGGCCAAGAUCUUCAGACUGGAUCAUCUUCCGAACACCAUAAUCUUGACACAACUCGUGAAUGGUCUUUUUCUUACUCGUAACAUAAGAAAAGCACUGCAUCUUUACCACAAACUGAUAGCGCAAGGAUUUCAGAUGAACCAUGUUAGUUACGGAGAGUUGAUCAAUGGACUAUGUAAAGUGGGAGAAACAAGAGUUGCCAUUCAUAUGUUGAGACAGGUUGAAAGGCAACUGAUUCAGCCUAAUGGGUGA